GCCGCCGCCGCAGCAGUAUACAGCAAGCUCAGCAAGGACGACCCGCUCAGGCAGCACUACGAGGCCCUCUGGCCAGAGCUCGCCGCAGCCAAGCCACCAGCAGAACAACCAGUUGCUGGAUUUAAGGCAGUGGAGGCAGCAGCUCGACGCUUGGACAAACUCCAGAAGAAGGUACGAUCGGCAGGGGAGCAAGUGGAGAGUGCCCAGCAGUACUUGGCUGAGAGUGAACGCAAGCUUCGUGAAGCUAUGGAAGCCUCCAUUGCAGCUGAAGAUGAGUUCGACAAGCUCAAGGCCACAGUCGGCAAGCAAGAGGCACCAGCUGAACCUGCAGCCGAGAAGCCAACUCUGGCAGCCCUCCUGGAGCAGUUCGAGCAUGAGCCUGACGACUUCCACAAGUGGUCAGAGCCCGACAAGGAGGUCUGGCGAGCAGCAAAGGCCAAGGGCGAGCGUAUGGCCCAGACGGUCAAGGAGCACGAGGAGGAGACGGCGAAGCACCUGCGACUUCUGGAGGAAGAGACGGCCAGGCACCAGGAGCAGCUGCGCCAGCUCGAGCAGGCGCUGAGGCAGCAGGGUCAGCUGCCGCGGCUGCGCCUCACGAAGCCGCAGCAGCUGCCCAACCAGAAGCAGCUGCAGCAGAACAUGACAAAGCAGAGGAGCGCCGAGCCAGAGUGGAGGCCCAUAUCCAGGAGGCGCGAGAGAAGGUCUCGCAGGCCAGGCGCGCCGAGACAGUCGUCGACGCAGAAGGGCAAGGUGACCACUCAGCAGGGUAGCCGCCCCAAGGCGAGCGCGAAGAAGGCUCGCCGCCCUUACCACAUCGACUUCUUCAAUAUCACGACCUGGGGCCCCCAGGCACAGGGCUACCUCAUGGAGAUCAACGACACCAAGGACAAGGACAUCACUGGCAUCGCGGAGCACCACCUCCGCCAGCCUGCGCAGAUAAGCAAGGCAAGAGCGGCGCUCAGGAGGAAUGGCAUGCACAGCUACUGGACCAAGGCACGGCCAGGAGAAGGAGAAGGCACUCGAGGAGGAACGUGUGCCAUCACGCGAGGACCCUUUGACAUCCAGGACAGGAUCGCGGGUUUCGACGAGCACUACCUGCACGAGGGCGGCAGCGACGUCGCGGUGGUGAUCUCCAACCUGCACAAGGUCCGCUUCGCAGUGGCCUUCGUCUACCUCGAGUGUGGGGCGGGCUUUGGAGAGAGGAACGUCGACAUCCUCUGCGACCUGCGGGAGAAGAUGGCCGUCUGGGGAGGGCCAUGGGCAGCGCUUGGGGACUUCAACAUGACGCCGUCGGAGCUCAACAACAGCAUCUGGCCCAGGGCGCUGAAUGCUCAAGUAGCUGCGGCGGAGGAUGGCGCCCCCACGUGCUUCCCAGCAGGAGGCGAAGCCAGGUGCAUCGACUUCGCGCUGAUCUCGCAGGGCCAGGCGCCGUACUUUGACCAGCUAGAGCUGCUCAGGACCGCGCCGUGGAAGCCGCACAUCGGCAUCCGCUUGAAGCUGAAAGGGCGGCCUCUCAAGCUCAAGGGCAGGGUACUUCGCAGGCCAGCAGCCAUAAAGCCACCAGUCGCAGUUGAGAGAAUGCCGAAGUCCAGAGCCACUUGCAGACGAGCGGCGCGAGGAGGCCAGGAGGCCAUGCGUCGACGUCAGCAAGCGCUGGCAGAGGCAGGAUGCGACCUGGAAGAGAACGACAUGGAGCCAGUGCCGCAGCUGCACUACGACAAGGAGAUCCAGCACGUCAUCCCUGACGAGCUGCGGCAGGCCACCUCCGAGCGGGUCAGCUUGCGUGCCUACGACGAGUUGCCCCAGCACUUGCAGCACACUGUCGUCGGCAAGAUGAUGGAGCGGGACAUGCUGGACCUGGGGCAACAGCACGACCACUUCGCAAGCACCCUCGAGCUCAGCCUGCGCGAGAGCAUCGGCAUCCCAGGGGAAGAGCGAGGACGACAUCUCGGGCACAGCAGGCCCCCGAGCUACAAGAGCGCGAGCAUCAAGGACACCGUCACCUCUACGACGCAACACCCCUUCGAGGAUGAGGAGGACUACUUGGAGUACCGCCAGGAGAUCGCAGACCAGGAAAACAGCGAUGGGUACCACCAGCGCAUCGAGGGGCAGCAGGCCAGCCUCGAGUUCAGCCAGACCGUUCGCCGUCGAGCAGCUGGACCUGCUUCUCACCCACCAGCAGGACGCAGCACCAUGGACGUCCAAGACCACGACCCCUUCGAGGAGGAGGAGGACUGCCUGCAGUACCGCCAGGAGACCGCAGACCAGGAGGACUGCGAUGGGUACCACCAGCGCAUCGAGGGGCAGCAGGCAGAUGAGCAACGAGAUAUGGGCCUGCCCCCAUCAGACCCCUGGAAUGAUGACCAACACCAGCGAGAGCGAGAAGACUACGUGGCCAUGAGAGACGACCUGGAGUACUGGGCGGCCAUCUGGAUGGAUAACUUGGUGCAGCUCCCCACGGACAACAGCAACUGGAUGCAGAUCUGUGUGCCGUUCCUGGAGACCAUCCUGGGAGGCGGAGGCAACAAUGGCAUGGUGAGACUGCUCAGGCGUAGGUACCAGCAGGCCGACCUCAGCCACAUCAUCAGGGACAUCUGCGAGCGAGUCUGCACCCACAGUGGCCGCCAGACGCAGCAGCAGAUCAACACAAGACGGCAGCUUGCGCAGCAGCUCAACCAGCCUGACCCAGGCAGGCUGAACGAAGAAGGUGCAGCCAAGGACCAGCAGCAGGCCCUCCUCGCAGACCUGAAUGCGAUAGCAGAGGGCGCCCUCGUGGACCCAGGGACGAUCAGCAGGGUAGCAGAGGAGGUAAAGAGCAUGGCCAAGCUACUCACAAAGGCGGUGAAGAAGGCGUACACCCACUGGGUGCACGACGCCACGGCAGGCAGUGCGAAGAUGGCCCACGCCUACACCAAGGCAGCGGAGCGCAGCCAUCUGGAGGACAUCCUAGAGCACGAGGGCCAGGUCAUCAACCACCCGCAGCAGCUGGUGGACUUGCGCAAAGAAGCAUGGCAACGCAGGUGGACACGAGAUGCGCAGAAGGCCGAGAGGAUCCAAGAGGCGCUGGCCAAGCUGAGGCAGGCUGCCUUGGCCCAAGAGAAUGCCCUCGAGCCCAUCAGCAAGGACAUCAUAGGCUCCAUCAUCCAGCACCUGAAGCGCAAUGCUGGCCAAGGAGCGGACUGGUGGAGUGCUCCAGAGCUCAAGGCCAUGGGCGCCCAGGGGCUGGAAGAUUUCGUGCAGUGCCUGACCAGCUGUGAGCAACGGGCAGCUUGGCCGUGGCAGUUCUACCUGGUGCUGGAGCUGCUGCUGGGUAAGAAGCCAGGAAUCGGUGGAGAGCGCCCCAUCGGCCUCAUGCCCAUGCCGUACCGCAUCUGGAGCGCAGCCAGGAGGCCCAUAGUAGCCACCUGGAGCAAGGUAGCGGCGGGCUUCUGGGAUACGGCAGUAGCUGGCUCCUCAGCGCUACGAGUGGCAAUGCACAGACUGAUGAGGGCAGAAGCCGCCACGGAGAUGGGCUUUCAUGCAGCAGGGGUGUUCUACGACGCGGCAAACUUCUACGACAACAUAGGCCUCGACCAGCUGAUCGAGAAGGCCAGUGCCCUCCAGUACCCGUUGCUGCCGCUGGCAAUGGCCGUGCAGAUGUACCUUGCGCCCAGGGCCAUCAUGGCCCACAGCCUCUUCUCGGACAGCUUCGAGCCUGCCAACAGUAUGGUAGCUGGCUGUGGCCAAGCGGUAGACCUCACCAGACCGCUUUUGUAUGGUAUCCUGGAUGCAGCACACAGGCACCACAUCUUCGUCGUCAUGCAGCAGUACCUGGACGACUUGGCCCUGCAGGUAGAGGGCGCGCGGCGGCAGGUCAUUGACCAGAUCAAGCACGUGGCAGCGCUGGUGCACGAUGGAUUCAAGCGGCUCGCGAUCCCCAUCUCUGUCAAGACGGCAGUGGUGGCCUCGGACAAGGACCUCCAGGCAGAAGUCGCCAGCAUCCUUGACAGCCUGGGCACCCCCAACAAGCAACCAGGGGUAGUGCGCGACCUCGGCGUGGACACCAGCCUUGGAAAGCAGCUGCGGCGACCCACCCAUGCCGCGCGCCAGGCCAAGGCCAAGCAGAGGGUGGCCAAGCUCAGGGACCUAGCGAAGACGGACGCCAGAGGCGCGGCAAAGGUCUAUUCAGCAGGUGCCUAUUGCCAGCAGGCUUGGGACUUACCAGCGCACGGCAUCACGCCCACGGAGGCGAAGUUGGUCAGGGCAACGGAGGCAGCGCUCCUCACAGGCGGACACAAGGCAGGGCGCUGCACGUCCACCAUCCUCCUGAUCCAGAGGGGUAUGCAAGAGGCAGUAACCCGAGCCAUCGGCGACCAGAUCAAGCAGUUCUGGCUCACCGUAGUCGACCACCCGACGGAGCUCAAGAGGUACCAGAGGGGCUGGCUCCUGCUCUACGCCAAGCUGGGCUCCAGCAGAGUGCGCAGCAGCAGCUCUGGCAGCAGGCAGCUGGCCAUCGCAGUGGAGAAGGACUUCAGGCUGGAGGCGACCUCUAUCAGCUGCAGCGCCACCUGA